AUGGAGACGGCUCAUUGCUCCGCGGCCGCGGUCGGGAACGGGGACGCGGGGUCCCAGCGGGAGCGGAGCCUGCUGCCCGAGCGGCUUCAGAGGCGAGAUCAGGAGAGGCAACUGGAGGCGGAAAAGCGCAAGCAAAAGCGGCAGGACCAGGAGGUGGUGGAGGAGAAGAGCGACUUCUUCACGGCCGCCUUCGCCCGCGAGCGAGCCGCCGUGGAAGAGCUGCUGCAGGGCGGGGAGUCCGCCGAGCGGCUGGAGGAGGCGGCCGCCCGGCUCCAGGGGCUCCAGAAGCUGCUCAACGACUCGGUGCUGUUCCUGGCCGCCUACGAGGUGCGGCAGGCCCAGGAGGCGCUGGCGCAGCUGCAGGCGGCCCUGGCCGACCGGCGCCAGCAGCUGCAGCCCAAGAAGCGGUUCGCCUUCAAGACCCGGAGGAAGGAUGCUGCUUUGGCCCCGCCAGCAGCGGAUGCGACUCCCGGCGCCGCGGCGGCGGGAAGCAUCCAGGCCUCCCCGCCCUCCGUGACCGAGGACGGAGCCGCAGGCUCUAGCUGGCUCUGCGGCUUCUCCAACCUCAAGUCCCAGGUCUUGGAGAAGAGAGCGGAGGAGUUGCACCAGCGAGACGUCCUUUUGACCGAGCUGAGCAAUUGCACGAUCAAGCUGUAUGGCAACCCCAACACCCUGCGGCUCAGCAAGGCCCGCGGCUGCACGCUGCUCUGCGGCCCCGUGUCCACGUCUGUGUUCCUGGAUGACUGCAGCGAGUGCGUGUUGGCCGUGGCCUGCCAGCAGCUCCGCGUACACACGACGAAGGACACCCGCAUCUUCCUGCAGGUGACCUGCAGGGCCAUCGUGGAGGACUGCCACGGGAUCCAGUUCGCCCCUUACACCUGGAGCUACCCGGGGAUCGACCGAGACUUUGAGAGCUCUGGCUUAGAUAGGAGCAAAAAUAACUGGGACGAUGUCGACGAUUUCAACUGGUUGGCUCGGGACAUGGCCUCCCCCAACUGGAAUGUGCUCCCUGAGGAAGAGCGAACGAUCCAGUGGGACUGA